GGGAGGGGGCGCGUGUCUCUCUUUUUAAUUAUCUUUCUCCCUCUGGGGCGGCGGGCGCGCGCGUGUGUGUGUGUGUCUGUGUUGUGGCCAGCGUGCUUUUUGACUAAGAAAAUCUGACUUUGGGCCGACGACCGCUCGCCAUGGGAGGUUCGUGUGUACGAGGUCGUGGCUGCCUUUUUGUAGCCCGCCCUCUGCUCUUUCUGUCGUACUCAUGGGAGGAAGCCGCGCUCUUCGCUUCAGAUCCUAUCGUAGACGCCCUCGGAAAGCUCAACUCGACGUCUUCAAUCGUUCUCUCGGCUCCUGCCCCGUCAUCUGUACAUCGUUGUCGUCCUUGCCACCUUCUUCCCUACUCGCCUCUCCUGGAAGACGGGCUUGGAGUCCCGAUCCAACUCGGAUCUGCGCGUAGAUUCGCCCUCGACUUUGUCUACGGACGUUUGGAAGAAGCCAGCCAACUUUUCGCGGUCGCUUGCCGGACGGACCGCAGGCUUUCGACACAGUCCCUGCAGUGGGAAACGCGUAAACUAAAUCUUUGACGUGGCUGUCCGACUCUGCUCUGCUCGUCCUGGAUUGACGUGUGCUUUGGCCUGCUUCGGAUGCCGUCUGUCUGUUCUCGAAGGGCGCUUCAUGGUCGUGUCGACACUGCUGGACAAUGCCAAUAGAUACCAGCCAAGACAGAGCGCGAAUUCAUUCACUGCACGAAAACCUGGAUCAUGGAUGAGACAACCAAGAUACAGAUUUGAAGAACCCAGGCGAGAGACUAAUCUGUUCGUGUUGUAUUGACUGGUGUGGAGGUUUUGUUUGGAGCAAACUAGUCGUGGGUUUGGACUUCGACACACACAACACCAGUAAGAGAGCGAUACUGUGUGCAACGAAGCGACCAUGGCUUUCCAAUACGCACAUCACCGGCCGCUAACGCCGAUCACGCCAGUGCACUCACCCCAUCCAUCAGCCGGGUCUUCAGUUCGAGCGCGAACACCCGGUCAAUUGAGUCUUCAUGAGUACCGUAAGAUGCAAGUGACUCCCAGCCCACCGGCUGUUCCAGGACAAAAAACUGUCAAGAAGAAGCGAGGAAUGUCCAGUCUGAAUCGUCCUGAGGGAUCACACGCGCAAACCCCAAAAUCUGACUUCUUCUCCUCAUUUCCCUCCAUGACGACACCCCCGGAAACACCUUCACUAGACCCUCCGUUGCCCUUCACUUCCAAUGUUUUACCAGCCGAUGCGACCCCCGUGUCACGCGUAGAACACUCUUCUGCUGCCACAAGAUAUCCAGAAUUUGCACACCUCUUAUCUCUUGGAUCUGAGAUUCAACACUCUCCUCCAAAAUCAAAAACUUUGCUUUCAUUGCAUUCAACAUUGCCUUCGUUACAAAGCUCAUCUUCGUAUAAAGCGCCAGCACCAAAACAACCUUCAGUCUUGGGUCUCUCGCCGCCGUCGUCGUCGUCGUCUCCGCUGAGGCAUCCUCUUUUGGAGAGCCAACUCAGUCUGCGACGGCCUUGGUCCUCGACCGAGGGCCAAGACCUAAGGUACGUUUCCUCUGAUACUGACUCCCAGGCACCAUCCAGGAUCCGCCAGCAGUCUAGGUUCGACGGGAGCAGCAGAGCAGAGAGCGCCGACAUCAUCCGCAGUCUUGGACGUCACUUCCAGCAACCCGAUAUUCUAGGAUCGUCAUUCCCAGGCACCUCGGUCCGGGAAUCAUUUCCAGGAAUUGGAAGCACUAGGAAUAACUUUCGUCCAUUGAGUACUUCUGCCACUCAGGAGUCCACGUUUUCGCAGCCCAAAGUGAAGACAUCGCAGCCUCUGGCGGGAGCAUCUCAUAGUUUUGAGCCCCUUGCUAGCGCUUUCAACCCUCGUGAAAGGCACUUCAACUCGAUUAAGCGACUCCCAAGACCUCAUUCGUCUGGCAAGCGGCGUCCAGUCCCCUUGAGCCUUACGACAAGUAACACAGACGGACUUUAUCAGUCAGAGAACUACACGACAAGCACUUCGAGCUUCUCGCUGUCCAAAUACUCAUUUCCACAACCACCGCAACCACGUGCACUGUCGCCACACUCUCAUCUGGCAACGCCACCUCUUUCAGUCGAGACAGAGAGUAACGUGCCUCGUCUGCCAGCUGAAAGCCCCCUGUUGCGCUUCAGUGGCGUCUCUUUUGAGAUAGUGAACCCACACAGCUCACUUGAGCUUGCAAACUUUGACUCACUUUCUGACGAAGUUGAGGAUUUGAAGCUAGAUCAACCAACCGUGAUUGACUACGACAGCGACAGUAGCGAGAUGGGCUCUGACGGAAAAGGUGCUCCAAUUGGAAAACGCUUCAGCUCAUUCCGUAACGCAUACGAGUCGAUCUCAAAAGGCUCUAAGCAGUUACUAAGUGGCGGCCAGUCACGUCGUAGCUCCUCAAGUCGAGCACGUUCGACCUCUCAACCAACCACCCCUAUAACGCCGCCUCGAUUAUCCACGGGCCCCACGCCUGCAAAUACGCCGCCAUGGGUUGGUUUCAAUGAACAUGGGCAACGCGUGAACGCUGCCGGUGAAGUGGUUACUGAUUCCAUCCAAGCUGGUCCUAGGACUAGCCAAGCAGACCUGGUCCGCGCCUCAAUGUCAUCGCGCUCCACUCCAACUUUCUCACAAUCACUUGAGUAUCCUGAGCCUGUAUUCACGUCGAACAUACCUCUUCCAAGUCGUGCUCGAAGCAAUACUCUUCAACCUCUUCUUGAGAGCUCACCCAUUCUGUCGGCCGACAAGCCGGCUCUCGCACUCUCUCUCGAGCAUGACGUUAUUUCUCCUGCAGAAGAUAGAGUGGACUCCCUGCGAUGUGAGACCACUACCCGUCAUCUCCAUCGCUCUCAGACUAGAGGGUCUCGCUCUGUUACAUUUGACCACACAGAGGGUGCUGGCUUCGACUUCGGGCUUCCCGUCGCUCGACAGAAUAGUCUGCUGCACGACUCUAUGCCAAUUGCACAAAGCAAUGAUUUCAGCGCUCUUCGAAAUCUUGAUCAUGGCGUUACUUCUUUCCCUCGUCCAGCGAUUAAGUCUCAGCAGUCAGCGUUGCGACAGCCUAUCUACGAAUCCGACCUUGAAUCUCACAGAACUGUUGCCGGCGGGCAGAAUUUCGCUCCGGAUCGUUCCACGGGCGAAACUCGCUACUCACAAGCAACCUCCGUUGACGACCUGGACUAUCCGGAGUCGUCAUGUUGUCUGAGCGAGCCAUUCCCAUACGCGAAUUACGAGAGUCGUGCUACUGGUCAGAGCUCUACUCUCAGUCGUUUCAUCCAAGAAUACGACUACACUCAUGGAGACCAGAUGCUAGAACCGAGCCGGGACGCUCAGACAAUCCAUUAUGAACUUUCGCCACAUUCAUCUUACGUAGACCCUGCGUGGACUGAGGCGACGAACGAGAUAGCUCCAUCGUCCACGAGAUCUGCCUCUGCUGCAGAUAGAUUUGUAACUAUGAAUGGUCGUGAGGCAAUCAAUGGUCGUGGUCCGAUGUAUGGUGUAGACCUCGGCUCAAGAGUUGAUUAUCCUAGAUUUCGUGGUCAAAUCACCCGCGCUAUUCCUGUACGGCAAUUUAACACGGUGGAAGACUUUGACGAAGCCAUCGAAGACAUGGCGCAUCAGCCACUUCUCCAUCGUAGCGACACAGAGUUUCUUGAGCGAUAUCAUGCGCUCAUGAGCAGAAUUUGUGAAUUACAUGGUAUAGAGGCGCGUCGGGCUGCUGAACGCAAGCUUAACCACGUUGUUCCAGCACCACAAUCUGCCUUUGACCAUCAGGUCAAAACUCAACCGACGGGAGAGUAUGAAGACUAUCUCUAUAUGGCUCCAGUUGCUCCACUCAGCUAUCAAGAUGACGAGUCUGAAUCUGAAGAGAGUGAGCGGAGUCCUUUGAAUGAAAGCCCUGGCUCUUCUAUAGCACCACUUGGCCCUCUGGUCGUACGCAACAACGCAACUCACAUUCGUGACUCACGCGAAUUUGCUAGAUGGCUUGAAGAGGAUUCCGAUACUGAACAGCAUUCAGCGGAAAUUCCCCAAAGCCCACUGGAUAAUAGUCUGCCACGAAAUCCCCUGGAUGUUCACGGCGCAUUCUUGCAUAAUCCAGAUGGUGCACGGGAUCAAGUUCAAGGCAUUGAAUCAAGUCAACUUGCCGUAGACAGGGUGCGAUCGAACUCACACCGUUUUGGCUGGAGUGGGCCACCACCUCAAGACCCUGCACCGUGUCCUUCUAAUAAUGAGCAGUCCAUUGGUUUUAUAACACCUCCACGUCCUUUUGCAAAUCGCAAUCCAGCUGAGCAGUCCGAAGUCUCAUCGUAUGACAGCACUAAGAGAUUGCUUGGUAUCAUUAACACAACCGCUCCUCGAUCUCCAGACGACGAAUCGUAUGUUGUACCACGCGAUACAGCUAACCUUAACGCUCAAGAUCAAUCAUCAGCUUCACGACGCCGCUUCUACAUGAAUUGUCAGGCCCUUCGACACGAAGAAGAGCUUCCAAGGAUGUGGGCACGUUACUCACCACCUGGGUCUGCAAAUCUAAGACAAAAGAGGACGUCUAAUGAGGCUACACCUAGCCAAACUAGCGAAGAAAUUGCCGCAGCGAUUGACGAUGCUGAUGACUGGGAGACAGAACCUAGUCGUAGUAACCGCAAUUCGUAUGCAAGACAUGGCACUGACUUUCGUGGUGAUUCCGGUGAGAAUUCAAUCUUGGGCGGGUAUUAUGCAUUCCCGACGAAGGAAAACGAGUCCUAUGGAGCCGGCAAUGAUUACACACCCGCACAUCCGCUCCGCCCAAACGACUCUCAUCUUCCUGGCUUUUACCCGGUAGAAGAGCUUUCGCCAGAACCACAUGAUGACUUCGAGAACUUAACUACACCUCCAAAAGCAGUAAUUCGACAAAGUCACCGAAACGUAAUUCCCAAGCAAGUCUACCGUUAUGGUCACAACUUUGAUGACAUCGAGCUUGGAGUUCUUUCGCCACGUUCGAUUCCGUCAGUACGCUCGGACCGAUCGAGUCGCUCUCGAAUGACGCGUUGGCCACGGCCAUCUGUGCAACACCAGAACACAAUACGCCCAUUCAUGCUUCGCUCCAACACUCAAUGUUUUGACAGCGCACCCACUUUGCAACGAAAAGACACACGCAUGACUGUCAAGGAGAAAAGGAUCGCAUAUGCGGUCAAUUGGUUUUGCAUUACUAUUGGUGCGAUCAUCCCCAUUCCAAGCCUCUUAUUUUGCCUCGGCUUCUUUGAUGGCAUCACGAGGGAGUGCACCAGUCGCAAAUUGAAGAAGAUUGCAUUGUGGGAAUCGGCUGUUAUGCUUGUUGUGGUCCUCAUUGCGGCUGCAGUUUGCAUCACGAUCUCGGCUGAAAAUCAACGCCGCGCCAGCGGGAAUUAAUAUUGAUACCCAGAAUAAGAAUGAUUCAGUAGUUGGUCGAUUGAACUAUUGAUGAUAAAAAACAAAGACCCCGACUCUUCAGCAGACACCAGCCUGAUUUAACAUUGGGGUUACAUCGUCUAGGAAAGCGAAAGGACGAAAACAGCAUUCAUUUAUUUUCCUUGGUCAUGCUACAAUCACACACGCACUAAUAAUGCAGUCAUGGUCUGCCACUAAUUCCUGUGCAUGCAAACGUCACCAUCGUAAUGCAUCAGCCGGCAAAUGACAGCUCACUCUCUGUGGCUUUCGUGGUUGCGGCUCAAAUUCACGACUACGUUGGCGGAAUGCUUGUAUUUCUAAACACAUUUUGAAUAUAUUAUGAAUGAGUCGGCAAUCAACUGCUGCUCCCACUCAACGAUGACAAUGUCGAUUGGACUCGUGGCGAGCUUCUCUGCGCUCGUCAUCCUUCUGAAAAUGUAAUUCUUCCUUGCCUUUUGUAGGCUUGAAGAGAAGAAUUCAAUUGCAAAAUGCGAUUGACUGAUUAUGAAAUUAAAUUUGGUGGUGGGCUUUGUCGCCCUCGUCACUAAUCAGCUCAUGUAAUAUACUUAAUAAGUUAGCAGAAUCCUAUAAAUU